UCUGUCUCUCUGUCUGUCUCUCUCUCUCUCUCCCAAUGACCGAUUCCACGACCCGCCGACUCGGCGGCACCGAGUGGAGCUGGGCCCAAGCCGUGCCGGGUGGAACCGGCAUAACCGUUGUAGCCAUUCUCCUCUCUAAGCCCCCCAACCUCCCACAUCUCCAAAAUGCCCUCCACAAACUCCAAAAUCACCAUCCUAUCCUCCGCUCCAAGUUCAUCUCCACCCCUCCGUCCUAUUCAAUCCUUCCCUCCCCUUUCCUCCAAAUCCAGACCGUCGAUAUCCCCACCACUUCAUCCCUCCUCCAAACCCCCCAAUCGUCCGAUCCAUUUCCCAUUUCACCCCUCCACCGCCUCCUCGAGCACGAGCUUAACAUCAACCCCUGGGCCCACGACAUCAACGGCCCGAUCGAAUCCGAUCUCGUCUUCGCAACCCUCUACGCCCUCCCUGAUUCCAACCUCGUCUUCGCGCUUCGUCUCCACACGUCGAUCUGCGAUCGGACGACUGCGGUGGCUCUGAUGAAGGAGUUGUUGGUGCUGAUGAAGGAGGGAGAGGGAGGGGCAGAAAGGGAAUUUGAGAAAAGUGGGGAAGAUGAGGUGGGCUUGCCGGUUGAGGAGCUGAUACCGAAGGGAAAGGCCGAUAAGCCAAUUUGGACACGUGGGCUUGAUCUGGUCGGAUAUUCGUUGAAUUCCCUGAGGCUGGCCCACCUGGGCUUUGAGGACGUUGCUUCGUCGCGACGUUCGGAAGUGGUCAGGCUGCAGAUGGACGAGAAUGAGACUAGUCGGUUUCUUGCUGAAUGCAAGGAUAGAGGGAUCAAACUCUGUGGAGCAUUAGCAGCCGCUGGAUUGAUUGCUGCAAAUUCCUCUAAGCAUCUCACUGAUAACGAGUCAGAGAAUUAUGCUGUGGUCAGCUUGAUCGACUGCCGGAAGAUUCUGGACCCACCACUCCAUGAUCACAAUCUAGGUUUUUACCACUCUGCUAUUCUAAAUACACAUAAGAUAACCAACGGUGAGGAUGUAUGGGACGUAGCAAAGAGAUGCUACACAGUAUUCUCGAACGCCAAGAACUCCAACAAGCAUUUCACAGACAUGGGCGAUCUCAACUUUCUCAUGUGUAGGGCCAUCGAAAAUCCAGGCCUGACGCCUUCAUCGUCCCUCAGGACGUCGUUCAUGGCCGUUUUUGAGGACCCCGUGAUCGACGACUCAGGUGGGUCGCAGGUGGAGGUCGGGCUGGAGGACUACAUGGGGUGCGCUUCGGUUCAUGGGAUCGGUCCAUCGAUCGCUGUGUUCGACACUGUCCGUGAUGGACGGUUGGAUUGUGCUUUCGUGUAUCCAUCGCCGCUGCAUUCGAGGAAACAGAUGGACGGUCUGAUCAAUGACAUGAAGGCAAUCCUCAUGGGAGGCGGACGGUGAUGGAACCGUGAAUUGGGUGGGCCAUGGGGUUGGUUUUGUGUGGUAUUGAUGGGAAUAAUCCUGCGGUGUUUGUGUGGUGGGGCCCAGUUCCUGUGUAUGAUCAUGUUUAUGCGUAUUUUAGCCAUUUGCAUACGGAUA